AUGGGGUUGAAAGGAAAUCCUGUUUACCCAGGAAUUUUGGAUGCGAUCAUGGACUGGCCAGGAGGUGCCCCCAGUGACCAAAGCAGUGGCACAUCCUCUCCUUUAUGUGACAGUGGUUUGCAUCUGAACUACCAUCCCAACAACACGGAUACAUUAUCAUGUUCCUCAUGGCCAGCAUCCCCAGGACUUAGGUGGGAAAAAAGGUGGUGUGAUCUCCGAUUAAUUCCACUUCUUCAUUCACGGUUUUCCCAGUACCUUCCAGGAUCAGAUUUGUCCAGGCAAAAUGCGUUCCAAGUAAUUGCUGUGGAUGGGGUUUGCAGUGGAAUAAUUCAGUGUCUCUCUGCUGAAGAGUGUAUUGACUGGCUACAAGCAAUAGCAAGUAACAUUUCCAACCUUACAAAGCACAAUAUUAAAAAAAUCAACAGGAAUUUUCCAGUAAACCAGCAGAUAGUCUACAUGGGCUGGACGGAAGAACGGGAACAAGACUCCCUUCAGGAUCGAAUGUACACACCAAAGUUUCUGGCACUGAGGGGAUCUUCGCUGUAUAAGUUUAUAGCACCUCCAGUUACAACCUGGGAUUGGACACGAGCUGAGAAAACGUUUUCAGUUUAUGAGAUAAUGUGCAAAAUUCUCAAG